UGUGCAACUGCAACUGCCUGAUAGUAAAAAUAGUAACUGGGCCAUGGAUGAGUCUGGUUUAUAAAAAUGCAACAGGAAAGAGUAAUCUUGAGUUCGGUGACAUUUUCCAGAAAGCAAUAAAGAAAUUAGCUUACUUCAAAAGUAAUCCAGAAUCAAUUCUUUAUACAGAUGUGGAUAUUUUUAGUCAAGUAUUAAAUAUUAAAGAUAAGGUACGCCAAUCCCUUGGUGUAAUAAAAAAUAAAAAUAUUUUGGUAAAGAUUUUAUCAGCUUUGAUAAGCUACACAGAGACAGUUCUCAAAAGACAGAUGGCCAGGUAUUUGACUGGCAAUCUCUCAAAUCCAUCUAAAGAAAUGAUAAAAACCACACUAUCUGCUCCACCUCAUACAAUGGAGGCUGAAAGGAUCUUGGGCAUGCUUGAUUUUUUUUUGUGUCGUGCUCCUAAUGCUACUUUUGGUUUUCUGGAUUCAAAAAUAAAAGCCAGGGUAAACAAAACAUUAACAUGGCUUGAUGAGAAAACAUUGCCAGAACAAGAAGAUCUUAUUCAAUUUGCAAUUCGCAGAGGAGCUUUAACGUGUCAAGCCUCUAAAUAUUUUAAUAAUCUAUUGUAUGAAGAAAUAAGAAAAAGAUGUGCCAAAGCUAAUUUAAAAAAAGAACGUCUGGAAAGAAAACAACUAGGGAAGGAUAUUAAAAGAGCAAUAGCUGAAAAUGCCAAAACCACAAAUCCUCUUUUUGUUAAUAUUGAUGAAAAACAAAAACAAAUUUUAAGAGUAAUUUUGAAAAAUGGAAACUUGAUAGGGCAGCUCUUAAGCCAUAAAUGGGAGCUAGAUGAUGGUAAUAUACAUUUAUUUUUUGGUAGAAUUGUUGAUCAAAAAGUAGCAACAAAAAAAAAAUCUAUUACAUACACAAUAGGAUAUUGGAAAGUCAAUGAAGAUGAAGCUGAAGAUAUUGACAUAAGCCAGGAAGGAGUUAUAGCAGAUCUAAUACUUAAAGACCUGGAGUUCAAUAUAUUAGGCAUUAUUAUCUUUUAUUUUGUUUAUGUUGAUUAUUUUGUAUACAUUUUUAUUUUUUCCUUUUAAUUUUUAAAAUUUUUUAUAUUAACCAAGAGCAGACACAGGGUUAUUUUACAUUUAAGAUACUGUACUUGGCAUUAUGAAAACUCUAAGUAUAAGUAUGUUCGAUCAUAUGUCAAAUAAGAAUGAUUUGCUAAAAAAUUGUGGUAAUUAAAACUUAGGAACAAAACUAUCUAAAAAAGAUAGAACCCCCCUGUCUCAAAUAAUAAUUUAAUGAGUUAAUAAGUUUUUAAGUUUAUUAUCCAAAACUAAAUUUAAAUUAACAUUUUUUAAUGCUCAAAGGUUAUGACCAUGUGAAAUAACUUUAAAAGUAUCAAGAAUUAUUGGGUCUGUUGAUGGAUUUAAAUGAAGUAUAAAAUGAUAAGUUAAAGUAUUUUAAUAACUUAGUCCCCUCACAUUUUUAUGUGGGGGUAAAAACUGUUUGGGGUAUUUUUGUUCCCAGGCUCCAACCAAUUCAAUUUUUUAUACAAUUUUUUUUUCACAUUCUCAUUAGAUUUAAGCAUGAACAAACUUAAAUUUAGAUUAAUUAUGGUAAUUUUUUUAAUAAAACGACUUGAAUCGAAUUUGACCCACUUUUAAAAUAGCCUUAAACACCACCCCCUCCCUUUUUUUUUUUUAAAUUUAUUUAAUAUAAGUGGGAUAUAAUAAACAGUUUUUAUCAUAUAUAUGGCGGUAAAUUGUUAAUACUUUAUGAACUAUGUUAUAAAGUCCACUUUUUGAAGUCAUUUCUUGUGUAUCUUUGUUAAG